UUGUUUGACGUUGACGUUUUGUUUUGGUGACGAGAUGGCCUUACGAUUUUUUUAGUUUACUCGUCUUUUUAUUACGGUAUUUUGUUUGCUAAACAAUUAUUACAAUGUCGAUAAAGCGGUCAAGAUGUGUGUUAUCAUGUUUUUUUGUUAUUAAGGUUUGAUGUUGUACAGUUAUGGUUUUAACAAAACGUUUAUAAAGCCAUUAGAGUCAACAUGGAGUACCACUAUUCUGAUCUUUGUAUGCCCUCUGAGCAUCUUAUGACCGAUUCCCACUAUGCUACUGAGUAUGUGGCUCCAUACAGGAUGCCAGGACAGAGAGAAGCAGAGUACGAGACCAGGAAUACUGUGCUGGUGGAUGGAGGUGAUAGGUUCGGCGUCUCUGCAGUGGUCUUUGAUAAGAAUGAGGAACUCAUUUGGAUGGGCAAUCAAGGGGGUCAUGUGACAUCAUACUACGGCCCUACCAUGCAGAAGUACACUUCAUUCCAAGUCCAUGAAUCUGAAGAAGUGCGGGAUAUAGUAACACAUGAGUCGGGAAUCUUUGCUUUGACAAAGACUUCUUUGAGACAUCAGAUCAGAAGAGGGUUACCAAAACAUACCUUUAAAUCUCCAAACAUGACUGAUAUGCAGUGUCUUUACCAAGCGAGUCCCACAAACCUCAUGAUGGGAGGUCACCAAGACAAACUUAUAGAUUUAGAUAUUACCAAAAUGGUAGAGACUGUCAUUCCAAUCCCCGAAGAGGGCUGCGCGGUGCUGCGCAGCGGCGGAGGCUCCACCGUGGCUUGCGGCAGCGCUCGCGGCUCCGUCUGUCUCCGAGACUUACGGUGCCCCGGCGCGGCGGAACAUUCCUUCAGGGCCCAUACUGCGUGUCUGUCGGACUUGGACAUGCAGGGGGACUUGCUUAUAACUGCUGGGUUUACGCAUGACACAAACGGCGCAGCAGUGGCCGAGCCCUACGUCGUCGUGUGGGACGUGCGUCGCCUCCGCGGCGGGGCGUCGGGCGGCGCGUGGCGACACACGCCGUCGCCGCCGCUGCUUCUGCACUUCCUGCCGGCGUUCAGCGGCCGCGCCGUCGCUGUCGCCGGCGACGGACAUGCCGCUAUAUUGAGGGUCAAUCAGGAGGACUAUGAGGUGUUCCAGGUAGACACCCAAAGCUCGCUCUGCACAGUGAUGGACGUGUCCAGCUCGAGCCAGGCGCUCGUGUUCGGGGACCAGGCCGGCCAUCUGCACCUGUUCUCACCGCAGCAUAACACUGACCCCGUGUUUAAUACCUUCUCCAGAGAGACCGAAUUCGCGGACCAAGCGCCCAAUCACCCGUUCGCCGGUUUCAACGACACCACAUUCCAGUACUCCAGUAUUCCCCUCCCGCCGCUCACCACUAGCAACAAGUGGUUCAACGAAUUGCCCGAGGAAUUCUUCAAGAAGAUUUACAGGAAACCCAGGCCUAUCGACCCAGAAGUCCUAAAGACAAUGAAAAUGCAAGGUCCUAUCGGUUACGCUCCUAACCCUAGGACAAGAAGAAGAAAUGAGAUACCUUAUGUAGAGGAUACGCUAGAAGAUUUAAACGCAGCUAAAAAUAAUGAUGUCAGGUUAUAUUGCCAACCAAUUCCUAAGCAUUAUCAAAAAGCAGACCCACGCUUCCCGAAACAGGGUCCCACCGACCCAGACGUAGAGAACCACAACAAGACCGGGUUCCCGACGCUCGAGGCCACCCUUCCCAACUCCUACUGCAACCCCAUGCUGCAGGUCCUUUACUAUACACGUCCAGUGAAAGCCACACUGUUAGCGCACACUUGCGCCAAAGAGUUCUGUCUGAGCUGUGAACUAGGUUUCCUGUUCCGUAUGCUAGACACGUCGGGCGGCGCGCCGUGCCAGGCGACCAACUUCCUGCGAGCUUUCCGAACGGUGCCCGAGGCGGCGGCGUUGGGGCUGAUAUUGCCGGAGAGAGGACCCGAUCCUAGGGUCGAUUUGGUUGCUCUUAUACAGAGCUGGAACCGUUUCAUCCUCCACCAAAUGCACUACGAAAUACUAGAAACGAGAAAGAAAGAGAAGGAGCUAAUCCGCGCACAAAACGCAAACAGCCCUCCCAAGGCCCAAGUUGGCAACGCCACAUUGAACCACACGGGAAGUGUGGCAACGCCGCAUAUGAAUGGCAACGUGGAAGAGUAUAAUUGUUCCGAGCUUGAGUUUCUCGGGCCGACUGAGUUUGAUAAUAGUCCUGUUGAGGGCAAAGAGGAUGGUUGGCCGUUGACUAAUGGGCCGUCGACGGAAGAAGCCGCCCUCAAUACCCCUGAGCCAAGUGAUAACUGUGAUAACAUAGAGCUUCCAAUAAGACAAGCCGAUAGAGAAGAGUCGGACAUUUCACAGCUGUUCGCGAUCGGGCGACACCAGCUGAACAGAUGUCUCAAGUGUAAUAAGGAGGAAGAACGCGAGUCCGUAGCCCUGGCGUGCCUCCUCCAAUACCCGCUGACCCCGGGCCGCUGUUGCUUCGCGACGUUACUACAGAACGCGCUGAGCAGUCGCCGCAACACGCCGGCGUGGUGCGAGCAGUGCCGCCGGUUCAGCCCCACCGCGCAGGCCACUCGCGUCACUAGACUACCUCCAAUAUUAUCUAUAAAUUGCGGCGGCGUUACAGCGCAUGAAAAGGCGUACUGGUCGAGAGGAGCACAGAAGGAAAUGCCCGAAGGUGUGAAAAGAGGUGGCAGUCAAAAACCUUGUAGAUAUGGACUGCACUGCGCGCGGCCGGGGUGUAGAUUCAAACAUCCUGACAGGCCAGGGUCGUCAUCACAGUCCCCCACGGCGAACAUGAGUCCGACGCGGGAAUCGAACUGCGUCCUGCCGACCUCGCUCACGAUACGACUGUCCGCCGACGGGGAAAUUGUCAUCAAUGAUAAGUGCGAAGACAACCCAGAGCCGCACCAAUCACCUUCAAAAACCGACAGCUCGUCCAGAAAGAAGCCGGUAAUAACGGAGGCGGAAGAGGAAUAUCUACUAUCAGCCGCCGUGGUGUGUGUGGAGGAGAACCCUAAACACUUAGUGGCGUAUGUGCAGACGCAGGCCGACGGGGAGACUAGCUGGUUCAUGAUCAAUGAUCUUAGCAUAUACCCAGUCACAAUAGACGAGGCGGUGCAGUGCGCGUGGUGGUGGAAGACUCCGAGCGUGCUGUUCUACACGAGCCGCGCCCUCACUCGCUGCUAGCACACGCCGCCAGUGCCGCCCCCAGUGCAGCCGAGCAUACUUGACCUGUUCAGAAUGCAUCCCCUGCACUACAUUCUUCGGGCGGCACCAACCUUCGGCUUCCCUAUCGUGACCCGGCUGCCAGCGCCCCCCUUGUUUGGGUGACAGUACGUCUACUUCCCCCCUAUCAGGCCGCCAUGACACCUACAGCAAUAGCCGUUGCUAUAUCCAACAACUGCUGCCGCUGCACGGGUUAGUUAUCCACGUAGAUAAACUUGAGUAUAUUGCGAUUGGCCAUAAAUGAAAGUGAUUGGUUGAACGCGCAUGAAAGGAGUUUAUCGACGUCGUUAACGAAUGCGUGUAGCGGUAGCUGAGAGAUUUGUCUAUCCAUGGUAGGAGUAUUCCUAUGAGUGAUGGAAAUUUUCGGUUGUUGGAUAUUAAAACGGGUAAGUUGUAAAUGCGGAUUUUAAUCCAAAAAGUGAACGCUUUGCUCUAAUUUUAAGAUGCGAAAUAAAAUGACAAUCGGUUUAUUUAUAGUGUUAGAUUUAAAUGUGAAGUGAAAACGAAUUGAGGAAGUGUUUGGUGCAUUCUCCGUUCAGACGUGCUGUGCACGUCUAAUAGAUGCCUGCCUAAAGAUGUUAUGUAUACGUUUUGUGCUGUUUUCUCGUGUCUGUUGUCAGUUGCACAGUUUACAAAUGAGAAUAUAUAGGUACAUAUUACUAUAGUGAAAUAAUAUACUGAUAAGUAAAGUCUAUUACCAUUUUCAACAGAUUUUAUCGCAAUACCUAUCGAUACUUAGCGUCAACACAAAACUGAGAUGCGAGUAAAAGAAUUUGCGUCAAGACCUUAAAUACCUAUUUACACAGUACACUUACCGCACGGUAAUGUCCAAUGAGAUUUCCGCAUAACAGGUGGAAACUAAAAUAUACUUACAGUGGAAGUGAAUAUCACGUGGCCUUUACGCCCUGAUGGCGUAUUGAUUAGUAUAUCCGACCCUGGGUCCCAGGUUUUAUGCCGGCCGGGGCAGAUAUUAGUUUAAAGACAGAUAUUUUGGAUAUUCAAUAUUUGUGCUGUAUGAUAUAUUUUAUACGGCUGUCAAGCAUGGAGAAUGGAGAUCUUGGAGGAGGCCUAUAAUCUACGUAUACAGUGAAUUGUUUAUAGGAUGUGUGUUUCACGCCAUUACCAACACACCAAAUAGUCUUCCGAAGAUAUAACAACUGACAGCAGACACAGUAGAAAAUAAUGAACUGAUCAGUACUUAAUAAAUGCAUGCUGCUCGGUAGACCACAAAAAGAGACAGAUUAUAAUGAAAGACAGUUAAAGAGAAAUAGAGAACAAAUAUUUGCCGUUAGUAUUGAAUUUACUAAGUACUACCGUAGCCUUUUAGCCUAAAAUUUAUGAUCUCAACUAUCAUGUUAAAAUCAUCAAGUUCUGAUUGUUGCUAUAUAUAUUUUUAUGGGAAAUUUUACAAUAAAUGUUGCUAAUAUAAAGUAAGGAAGUAUCUAUGUCAUUUUGCUCUUUCCGUUGGUUGUGAUCGAAUCGAUUUUAUUUUUCAUUAAUACUCAGCUGUCAAAGAAAUACGAAUGGGAAGUGAAAUCAGAUACGUUCUUUUCUUUUGUUUUUAAAGACUGUUUAACUAUAUUUUAUAUAAAACAGCAUUUUCCUGAUUCUCAAAUAAAUUAUUCUUUGAAACGAUCAUUGUGGUGGCUGGUUUUUUAAUCUUAUGAAAUAAAAUCAUUUUAAAUAUUA